CGGAAAAAGAAUCCGAGUUUCCAAAAGCAUCAGCGAUGCUGAUGUAACACAUGCUAAAGCAUUUGGAUAGCGCCAGCAUUGCUACACCCACCAUGAAUAAACAACUAGACUCGUGCUUUGACCGAGUUGAGAAGGCCCUAGGGACGCUCAUCGACUCUAUUGCUAAAUACAAUCCCUCCACGACCCAGGUACAGGAACUGGGAAAUGCAGACGCAGAGCUCAACAAAGGACUCCAAGACUUGCAAACCCACCAAUCCAACUACCAGCGGCUCCAAGACCUGCGCGCCUCAACAGCUAGAUACGAUGCUCAAAUCAAAGACACACUCCGGCUCCUAGCCAACACGCGGAAGGAGCUCGUGCACGCCUCCGCGACCGUCUUCCCCGACGGGCCAAACUACGAGAUACGAUACGACGAGCUGCUCAGCUACGCGCGGCGCAUCAGCAAGACGACGAUCCCGCCCGUCGGCGCCGCGAACGCGAUCUCAGCCGCCAUGAGCGAGGCCAAAGGCGGCGAAGCCAGCAGCGCGCCCGAGACAGCAGCGACGACGCCCGCGGGCGGGACCCCCAACGGAGCGACGCCGCAAGCACAGCAGCCAUUACCUACGACGGUCAACGGCGGAGCGUCGAGCACGGAUCUGCCCGAGCAGCUAGCGAUCUACCUGAAUCCGCACAGCGCGUACACAUUCGUCCCGUGGCCGAGCGAGGAGCAGGUGCGGCACGGCGCCAUCGCGUCGCUGGCGUACAUGGCGGAGCAAGGGAUUGAGGCGGAAGGAUACGAUCCGGAAGCCGAGAGGGCGCGCAAGGAGCGCGAGGAAGAAGAGCGCAAGGAAGCCGAGGAACGAGAGCGCGUCGAGCGAGAAGAGAGGGAGCGGCGCAUGCGCGAGGAGCAGGCGCGUCUCCGGGCCGAGCGCGAGCGUAAUCGCGAGAAAGAGGCCGAAAGCUGGCGGCGCGCGAGCGUCUCGACUGGUGGUGCUCCGCAGCCUAGCGGUGGACCGGCGGCAUCGGCCUCUCCUACGCAGCCUAAGGCGCAGUUCCAGUUUAUGGGGGAUGACGACGACGAUGAUGAUGAUUAGGUAGGCGAGAGUUAGAUGGACGGACAUCACCCGUAGGACAUGUGCUACGCUAGACUGGUCAUUUCUUAAUGAUACUCCCCGCUUAUGUAGAAAGCAGUGGAUGAUCAAAUAACUUGAUACCGCAUAGUAUUCGUAUUCAAAGUCUUUCUGAAUGAUCGCGUCAUAUGCAUUUGAAACUACCAAAAUAAGUAUGUCUAUAGCCAUUGAAUGUUUUUAUCUUCAUGAUCAUACAAUCUAUAAUACAUGUAACCCAAUUAUAAUAAGGUGAAGGUAUUUUGUAUUGGCUCUAGUCGCCUAGAAACUGCGACUGGCUUUGUACUAUGUUUGCCACUAGUCAAUCUUGAUGGAGCCGUAGAUCUUCCUCACGAACCACCAGCUGGCGAAGAAUCCAAUUGAUCCUGGACACUCAUAUUA